CCCUCUAAUCAUCCUGUGGAAGUUAAUAUUAAUUUAAUUAUCUAGCCUCGCGAGGAACUUUCUUUUGUUUUAGAUCACUCUUUAGCUAACGACUGGCAAGUCCUAUACCCCCUCCCCCCAGGAUAUGUCAGCAAUGGUUUGGACGACAGGUGCUCAAUCUUCUGCUUCCGCCCGGGAACUGCUGCUGAAACUGCCGGGUUCUGUAGUCUUCCUAGGGGCUCAUGUCCCAAGAGGAGGCAUUGGCGGGAGAGGGUAAGCCGAAAGCUGCCGGCGGGCGAGAGCCACCGGAAGCGGUGUCCAGGGAGCAAAGGUGGCGGUGGUGGCAACUCGAGCUGAGGCCCAGAGGCUGCCUCCGCCUGGGCCAUGGCCCUGCCAGGUGGUAACAAGGACAAUAUCAGAGCUGGAUGUAAAAAAUGUGGCUAUCCUGGUCACCUGACUUUUGAAUGCCGCAAUUUUCUCCGAGUAGACCCCAAAAGAGACAUAGUUUUAGACGUCAGCAGCACAAGUAGUGAAGACAGCGAGGAAGAUGUUGAAGAACUCAAUAAAUUGCAAACUUUACCUGAGAAAAGUACAAAUGAGGAAGAAGAAAAGAAAAAACAAAAAAGAAAAAAUAAAGAGAAACUUAAAUUGAAAAAGAAAAGAAAAAGGUCUUAUUCAUCUAGUUCUACUGAAGAAGACACUUCAAAACAAAAGAAACAGAAAUCCCAGAAGAAAGAAAAAAAAAGGGAGAAAAAAAGCAAAACAAAAAAAGGGAAACAUCACAAAAAAGAGAAAAAGAAGCGAAAAAAAGAAAAACGUUCUUCAUCUUCUGAUAGUUCAGACUCCUCUAGUAGUAACUGAGACAUCUACCCAUUCUGCUGACAUUUUAUGUUUAAGAGAUUUGAACUUGCUUCAGUAAUUAUGCUUUAUAUUAAACUCACACCUUCCAAGCAAGCAUUCCUCCACUUAUGAGGCCAACACUGCUCUUGACCUACCCAGGUUGUGACUGUGAAGUAAUAAGGAUUAUCAUAAGGUUUAGGAGUCAGUCUCGUUAAAGAUAUUCAUCUUAUUCAUUCUUCUUAAUAUAUUUUUCUUUGCUUUUAGCAUUGCUUUAGAAAUUUAUUGUAAAGUGUCAUCACAAUCGACAGAAAAACUAUCUGUAUAAGUAGCAUACCUGACUGUGGGUGCUAUUACCAAAUGUCUGUCCACCUUCCCAGGGAGCAAAUCUGGGAAAUGAAAUAUUUCCUUGGGAAGCAGAUCCUUCCAGAAAUUCAACAUCUUCCCACAAACACUGCAAAAAUCAACUAGCCUUAUAUUCCAUUAUGUAAGUAAUAGUAUGUUGUUUUUAUAGGACUAGGCUUUUUGAAUGUUAGACAGGAAUAACAUUGCGUUAUGGGUCUUUUUUUUUUCUCUAAAUAAAUGGAAUAUACAGAAAAGUACUAAAUGCAAAAGCCUUGUUCUACGUUUUACUUAAGUAAAAACAGUUUUUAACAACUACCUAGUGUGGGUUUUUCCCCCAAGUAGUUGCAGUGUUUUCUUUUCUCUUUAAAGAGCAACCCAUUUUGAGCAUUUAUUCCUAGCAUUGGUGCUCUACUUAAGACUUAAAGAUAAUAUUCUGUUAAUCAGUAUUUAUAGCACUAACAGCUGUGUUGUUUUGUAAAUGUGCCACAUUGGCAUAUGUAAAAGUGAUACCUCAGAUAACAAUAUUUGUAUUCUGGGGGAAAAUGGAACCUUCAGUAGGGUUUUUUUUAUCAGAUGGAAUAAUAUCAAAAUUUUAUGAAGCUUGUUUCUAUUAGAGUAGUGCAAGAAUUUUUUAAAUUUGGGAUUAUAUACUGUAUUUUGUCAAAUAAUUUUUAAAUGCUUUUAAAACAUUUGCCAUUAAUUCUUGUGCUUUCUUAAGUGUCCAGUUGGGGCAGGAGAAGGGAUUUGAUUUUUACUUUGUCAUAAACUGUAGCAAAUGUAUAAAAUAGUUUUAAUUAAGUUGUUGAUGAAGAAAGACUGAAGAUCUUUACCCUGACAUGUGUUUAGAAAAUGAAGAGCUACAGUGUUAGAAAUAAUUUCAUUGGAUAGAACCUUACUUUUUUCAAAUAUAAAUUAUAUGUCUGAGCAUUCUCAACCAUAAACUAGCAGACUUAGAUAACCUAUCCUCAAUUUUUUUUCUUUAAUAAUGGCCAGCGUUCUUUGUGGUUAUGAUCAAUAAAUUAAAGAUUUGUCACAUUGUAUCAGCA